UUGCCGUCAUUUCCACUUUCUUCCCAAAAAUUCCCAUCUUUCUUCUUUCUCUAUUAACAGCAAAACCCAACAACACUAAACACGAAAGGACUAAUGGAUCCAUGUCCUUUCGUGCGUAUUGUGAUCGGAAGUUUAGCCUUAAAGUUCCCGGCUGAAUCGAAACCACCACCCACUGCGACUUUUGACUGUAAAAUCAAGCUUAAAGGUUUCUUGACACAUAGUACAACAAUCCCAGCGUUUAUUCAAGAAAAAGAUGCAAUCUUGGACAACAGAAUCCAUGCUUGUUUUAACUUCAGUAAGUCAGAGCUUAUGAAACUCGUUGAGAAAUCGAAUAAUAGAGGAAAACCCUGUAGUUUAAAGAUUGAAAUAUAUGAGGAUAAUAUGGGUUUUGGGUGUUUCAACGGUGGAAGGCUAUUGGGGAGUGUUUUGGUGCCAUUGGAUUUGAAGAGUUUGGAGAAUAUUGGGCAUAGAGGUGUUAUUAUUCAGAAUGGGUGGGUUUCUGUUGGUGGGUCGUCUACUGCAGAAUUGAAUUUGAACGUUAGAGCUGAACCUGACCCAAGAUUUGUUUUUCAGUUUGAUGGAGAACCUGAGUGUAGUCCACAAGUUUUUCAGGUCAAUGGCAAAAACAAGCAACCGGUUUUUACUUGCAAGUUCAGUUUCAGAAACUCCAGUGACCGGAACUUGAGAUCCAGAUCGUCACUAUCAGAACCAAGUACAUCAACAAGCUGUUUUAGUUCUGAUAAAGAGAGACCCGUAAAAGAACGAAAAGGAUGGUCAAUUACAGUCCAUGAUCUAUCAGGUUCACCCGUUGCAGCAGCAUCAAUGGUGACCCCAUUCGUCCCAUCACAAGGUUCGGAUCGGGUCAGCAAGUCAAAUCCCGGAUCCUGGCUCAUACUCCGACCCGGUGACAACACGUGGAAGCCAUGGGGCCGCCUCGAAGCGUGGCGAGAAAGCAACGGCGAGCUCGGCUACCGCUUCGAGAUCAUUCCCGACGGAGCCACCGACGCCAUUACAUUAGUCAAUUCUACAAUCAGCACAAAAAAGGGUGGCAAAAUCGGCAUAGACAUUGUCAACGGAGCGACCCCGUUGAGUAGCCCGAACAGCAGCUUCGACUUAAGUUCAGGGUCAGGAUCCGGGUCGGACUUCGGGUCACAACCCGGAUCAGGAUCAUGGGCGCAUCUGCUGUACAGAGGGUUUGUGAUGUCGUCGACGGUAGGAGGUGACGGAAAAUGCAGCAAACCGGAGGUGGAAGUAGGGGUGCAGCACGUGAGCUGUGCGGAGGAUGCUGCGGCUUUUGUGGCGUUGGCAGCUGCCAUGGAUCUAAGUAUGGAUGCUUGUCGGUCAUUUUCUCAGAAGCUUCGGAAAGAAUUGAGGCAGCAAGAUCAAGAAUUAUGGUGAAACGGGUCGGGUCGUAACGCUCAAAUGGGUUGCUUCGAGUUUCAGUUUGAUUUUUGCUAAUUAACUAACUGACAGCAGUUUUUAGCUGGCUUUUAUUUUUGUCUAUUAAUUAUUAUUACCUUUCCUGAGUGUACAGUGCUAAGACAACUGUUUCGUUUGAGUUCUUUUUUCUUCCCCUUUAUGUAUUUAUUGAUUGAAUUGUAAUAUAAUGAUUUUGAACUUGCGUUACAUGAAUCUCACUCAUUUUAACA